GAGCCGCACCCAGAGUGAUGGAUAUCAACAUUCAGGACCACGCCAAAUACCUCGCCCUCCUUAUUUAAUCAAAAUGACAGACUCUGCUCGAUGGAAAUCUACAGUUUAUGUCGGUGGUUUGGCCAGUAUGGUCGAAUCAAGCCAUGUGCACGACGCAUUUAUCCCCUUCGGCACCAUUGUAGACGUGACACUCCCCGAGAAUGACAAGCCAAACAGCACCGAGACUCACCGGGGUUUCGCCUACGUGGAAUUUGCGGAUCCAGAAGAUGCCGCGGAAGCCAUCGACAACAUGGAUCAGUCCGAAUUCUUUGGUCGCAUUAUCAACGUCUCUGCAGCCAAAGUGCCAAAGAGUGCCGAGGAAGGACUCGGCAGCAAGACGGCAGUUUGGCAACAGGAGGCAUGGCUUGCGACACACGCUGUGAGCGAGGAGGACCAGAUGGCAGCCGAGGAAGCCAAAGCCCGGGAUGCAGCGGGCUCUGAUCCAAUGCAGGGCCUGCAGGAACUGGACGUCGCAGGGCCGAAGCCGGAAUGAAAAAUCGAAGAAGGAAGGGCAAUAUGACCGGUCUUUGCAUAGCAGUGGCGUUUAGAGGGAUAAAUGAUGUAGGUUUCAUGGUUGUUGUCGUCAUUUAGACGGGUUGAGAGAGACAAAUGGAAUGCGAUAUUUCUGGCUCCAGUGAGACCCUAAGUGUUUUCGCUCAACAUAUACAAUCUAUCGCCCCC